AUGCCUCCACGAACCAGCAAAAAGAAGGCUUCCUCUUCGAAGGAAUCUGCUCCACAAACACCAAAAAGAAAAUCCAGAAAUGAAGAAGAAACUUCCUUCACUCCUGCUGGUACUCCAAGUCAAUCGCUCUCUGAAUCAUUGUUUAGUUUGUCAGCAAGUCAAGCACAAUUGUCUCAAUUUUUAGAUGAAGGGGAAGAGGUUUCCGAUGUCUUGUCAGGAGCAUAUAUUUCUGAAAGUAUUGCAAGUACAGAUUUUACUGAAAGAAUGAAGAAAGUUGCUGAUAUUCUGAAAGGAAUGGGUCAAUUAGCCACUCCAGAGGAUGCCCCUUGGGAUGAGCUAUUUCUGGCCAAUUUAAUUGAUAAAAAGAUUAUUUCUAACAAGUCCGAAGCUGUGAAAGUAUAUGCUGCUCGUGCCAUUGUGGAUGUUUUAAGAGUGACAGCACCAGACUGCCCUUUUGAUGAAGAAGAUUUACCAAAAAUAUUCAGAUUUAUUAUUGAUCAAAUCGAAGCAUUAAGUCAAGGAUCAGGAUCACUAUUCUCACAAAGAUUUUACCUGUUGGAAAGGUUAUCUACAGUCAAAAUUUUCAUCAUGUUGGCAAACUACGACGAAUGUGAAGCUCUUAUUAUUCCAUUAUUUGAAUCUCUGUUUAGAAUUGUCACCGAAUGUGAAACAAAUCAACCUCAAAAGAUUAUUUCAUAUAUUUGUGAUAUUAUGAUCUCAGUAAUUGAGUCUGUGGACACCAUCGAUGCCAAGUUGAUUGAAGUACUGAUUCAACCACUAUUAGAAAACAGAUCCAAGCUACCCUCUGAGGAAGAAGAAGCUGAGGAGAAGAAUGAACAAAAUGACGAAGAAUCCCAUUUCUCUGCAAAACAUAUUGCUAAAAAUGUUCUAGAUAAGACUCAAGAGCACAUUUCUACUCAACUGAACGAUUAUCUGAAUGACAUCCUAAAAGAGCUUGAAAAUACAAAAGACAAGACCAAAUCUUCCUUCAAAAAAAAACGAGCAAGAGUUUUCAGCUUGAUUUAUGAAAUUAACCUUGUCUCAUCAAGAUUAUUGUUGACGGUUAUCCCUAACCUUUGUAUUCAAUUGAAGGACGAAGAUGUUCAAGUGAGAUCUGCUGUUAUUCAAUUACUUGGAAACAUGUUCAAAGCAAAAGACUCUGAGCUCUUCAGAGAGUAUCCCAACAUUUUCGAAACAGACUUUUUGUCAAGAUUUAACGACAAAGAUAGUCGUGUUCGAAUUUACAUGAGCAAAUUUGCGAAUGGAAUGAUUAAGAACCAUCCCGUUAGCAGCAAAGUACUCAACGAAAAAUUAGCCGAAAGAAUGAUGGACCCAGACGAAAAAGUGAGAAGAAAUGUUGUUGAAACCGUUGUCAAUGUAGCCAUGGAUAGCCCAGCGUUGAUAUCAGAUGAAACUAUGCAAAAGCUUCAAGAAAGAACACGUGAUAAGAAGUCCGUUUUGAGAUUGCAUACAUUAAGUUUGUGUGCACAGCUGUAUAAUCAUCAUGCGACAGAAGUUUUGAAGACGUCUGACUCUUGGGAAAAUACCACAAGUGAUAGACUCGCAUGGAUCCCAAAUAAUGUAAUCAAAUACUAUGCAGAACAACAUGAACAAGUAAUCCCUCACAGACUAUUUAUUGAAAAACUUAUUGAUGAAACUUUGUUAGAUCAAGGAGCACUUAGAUCCAAGACGUUGUUGGACAUAUAUAGAAAGCUUGAUGAUAUGGCAAAGCAGGUUCUCGAAUCAAUCAUCUCGCAGAAGAAAGUAUUCCAAACUUUGGUGACGAAUUUGCUUGAACUUGACACCGAGAAUAAUGAUUCACAAAUCAUUUCAACACUUUCAUCAUUACUUUCAGAUGAAUCUCUUGGAAAGAGAAUUUGGAAAGAGAUAUCCUCUCGUAGAAACAAACAGAGUGAUGAUACCAUCAAAGUCUUAAAGUCUUGCCUAAACAUUAAUUCUUCAUUUAAGGACGUAACCAAACUCAAAAAGAAAGGUGACGACAAACUAGUAGGAGACAAGAAGGAAGAGAAGGAUUAUAUGAAAUCUGUCAUUCAAAGACUUGCAAUGACUAUAUUUACCAAAGAGCAAGCUAAUGACAUGAUAGAAUUGGCACAGAAAUUCUCUAAUUCAUCACAACAUUCAAUGGCUUUAUCAACUAUGCAUCUUUUGAAUGUAAUUGUUCAAUUCUAUCCUUCUCUUGGAAAGGAUACUAUUGUAGCAUCUAUUGAAUUGAUGGAAAAGGAAGAAGACUAUGAAAUCAAUCUCAUCACUCUCAAGGUACUGUCUUAUACUGCUGUCGGUUUGGAAAAGACGAAGUUUUCUUUGGCUAGUGAUCUUGAAGAGAAAUUAGUUUCAUUCUGUACAAAAGGUAAACCAAAGGAGGUCAAAAGAGCAGCAACUGUUAUCACAAAGGCCUUUAUAGCUCCAGAGAAUAUAUUUUCCAAGAUACUCCUUCAUGCAAAGGAUAACUUGGACUAUGGAGAACAAUUGUUGACCGCAUUGGCUGCAAUCAGACAAGUAAUUAUUCACACCACUGAAAUGUUUAGAACACAUGAAGAAGAAAUUAUGGACUUUGUUCUCAAUCAUGUUGUUCUUUGGGAUAGAGAAGAACGAAGCACUGAAUGGAGCUCUCUUUCGUUAGAUACAGAGACCAAGAUCCAAGCACUAAAAUUACUUGUCGAUUAUACCAUUGCUUGUGCCAAAGAAGGAGUAACGAGCGAAUCUGAAUCUGUUAGCUCAAAGCUCGUUGGAAUUCUUUUUGAUCUCCUCAUCUACAAAGGUUCCAUCAAGGCAAUCUUAGAAAAGGAUCUAGAAAAGUCAGACAAAAUGGACACCACUGAAGAGGAAGAUACUGAAGAAGCUAAGAAGAAAGAUUCCAAUGAAAAGAAAAUAGAAAUAGAUAGAGCUGCUCUUAGACUCAUUGCUGUAAAAUCAAUCAUUACUUUGACGAAAUCUUCUGAUUUCAAAUUGAAGAUGGAACGCUUUUUGCAACUUGCAUUCACUUCUUUAGAUCCAAUUUUGGAAGUUAGAAAGGGUUUACUCGAAAAACUCUUCAAGGAGCUUAGAAAAGCCCAACUAGGAAAUGCUUUUUCUGCGAUACUUUUGCUAUUUGUUGGUGACAAGAAUUCUGACUUGGCAGUUAGAGCCAAAAAGUAUUUCUCCAAGUUAGUUCCUCUCAAGAGAGCUCUGAUUGCAAGAACAAAGGGGCUUACACUAACAUCUCGCUCUGCAUACGAUAUCUUCCCAGAAUAUAUUCUUCCAUAUCUCGUAUUUUUACUCUCUAGACAUCCAUUAUUUGCAUCUGAAGAGCCUCAAUUUUUAACUUUCCAAAAAAUUUUAUAUGCAUAUUUUGAUGAGGUCACUCACGAUAUUGAUAACCUAUCAUUUUUCCAUCAAUUAAUUACCAAGUUGAAACAAAGAAAGGAUGUCAUUAAUCCAAAAUCAGUCAAUCAUUUGGUAAUUUGUGACAUGGCCAUUUCAAUUGUAAACAGAUGUGCUGAAAAUUCUGGCAUUGCCGCAUCCUCUGUUCCUUUUCCUGGAAAGAUCUUUGUUCCUUCAUUCUUCAAAAUAUCUGAAGGAGAGGAAGAUGGUUCUAACAUUGAUACGAUAAAGACACUUUAUUUACCAAGUGGAUUCAAAUUGAACGAAAAGCUUGCAAGACAAGUGCAACCAACAGAAAAACAAUCAAAGCAAAAGAAGACAACGCCUGUUGAGGGAGAAAAGAAGAGAAAGCGCAACACCACCAAAUCGUCAACUAGUACAAAGAAAAAGAAGACAGAAAAAGAAGAAGAGCCAAGUAAACGAUCUCUUCCAAGUCGAUCAGCUAAACAAAAUAGAAAGAAGAUUGAAGAAAGUGAAGAGGAGAGCGAGCAUGAGGAAGAAGAAGAAAGUGAACAAGAAAGUGAUAAGGAAGAAAGUAAUGAAUCUGAAGAAGAGGAAACAACAUUUGCUCCCAGAACUGCAAAGAAAAAACAAUCCAAAGAACCUGCUCAGAGCGUGACUUCGAAAAAGAAGAAGAAAUUCUAA